AGGGAACAGGAUAGAAAACAGUAGCUGUAGCAGGAAAGCAAGCUACGGAGCUCGCUCGCUCGCUAGCGUCGCCGCCCUCCGCCGUCCGCGUCGCUUUCCCUUCGCUCCCCUUCCCCCGCAUUAACUCUCCCCUGGUCCGGGAGCUCACCCUUCGACACAGCUCCCUCCCACUGGACAGAUGGUCGGCCACGGCGGCGGCGGCGGCGGAGGCCAGGCCGCAAUGGCGCCGGCGCCCGGCGGUGGGAAGCGCGGGAGGGGCCCCGAGGACGACGUCUACGUCGAUAACCUCCACUUCCACAAGCGCUACCUCACCGAGAUAAUGGCAUCCAGCAUGAAUGGGUUGUCUGUUGGAGAUUCAGUUGCUGAAGAUAUCAUCGUUUCCCCAGUGAGGCUGGAGAUUGCUUCUUGCUUCAGGGAUGAAAUGAGCACACAGUACUCACCUAUGUCAGAAGAGUCAGAUGAUUACCGGUACUCUGACACUCAGGUAAAUACCAAUGGGAAUCAGACUGAUACAACAAGCAGCCCCUCAACCAGUCCAAUUUCAUCUCCUCAUCGAUUCCAGAGGCCAUAUACUUGGUUUUCUUCUGCAAAUCCAUAUCCUCUCCCAAGCUGCUCCCUCGCAGCAGUGGUCUGCUCGCAAGCUCGCCGUGGCAGUGGCACUGAACAUGAAGGUCGAAUCCCGUCUUCACCUAACGACAUGUGCCAUGGUGGAGACCUGAGGCGAACCGCACUUCUGAGAUCAGUGCAAAUGAGGGUGCAGAGCCCCCAUCCAUGUGAUCUGUUGUCCAGCAGUGGACAUGGACAAGACCAAGAGCGUGGUCAUGUGCAUGCUGAUGAGCUUGACCAUGAUCAGAGACAAGCUGUGGGUGUUCAAUUGGAUCAAAGGUCUUUCUCUUACCCAAAGUCGAUCCAGGAUGCUGAGUGCAAAAGCCCUCCAAACUGUGGCCAGCGUUCAGACCGUGAUGUGGAUUUUGUUGAGGAUAAGAUUAGGGUGUGAUCAAUGCCAAGAUUAACCAUGACAACAUCUCUGGUGAACUAAGUUGAUGUGGAUGAGCGUACACAUAAUCUGUUCACAUCCUGCGUCAACUUAGGAACUGUUAACAGUCUUGAGUCUUGUAAUGGUGUUUGACCUGCUCUGUUGUGUUCGACUUAGGGAACACCACGCUGUGAGUUGUGAGACUAAUUAACCUCGGUUCUAGGAAUGCAAUGUGAUGUGGAUCAUAUCACAGAUUAUUUUCAUUUCAUACAUGAGCAAGAAUUUAAACGACUGCUUCACUG